AUGGCACCAAAGAAAGACCCCAAGAGGCUCCCCAGGAAGCCCCAGUUUGAGGUCGGGGAGCGGGUGUUGUGUUUCCGAGAGCACCUGCUUUAUGAAGCGGAGUGUGUGAAGGUGUCCGUUAAGUACCGGAAGGUCAAGUACCUCGUUCACUACCCGGGAGGCAAUGAGAACUGGGAUGAUGAGUGGGUUCCAGAAAGCAGAUUACUUAAGUAUUCAGAAAUCAAUCUUCAGAAACAGAGAGAACUUUUUGAGCAAGAGCAAUCCAUAAAAGAGAAAAUGGCAGGGGUAGCUUCACGAAAGAAGACCUCUGAGGGUCCACAGCAAAAUCGUGAAGAAAAUAUGACUGAAACAGAUAGUAGCAGUGCUGGAAACAGAGCUGGUAGCAGUAGCAGUGAAACACCUCAGCGACCACUUCCACUUCAGAGGGGAAGAGCCCUAGCAAGCGCUGACACUGAGCCAUAUAGAGAACUUAUGAGAAGAACAGACUUUAAGGUAGAUAUUCCUACAGAACUAAAACCAUGGCUUGUGAAUGACUGGAACAUGGUCACUAGACAAAACAAGUUAUUUUGUCUCCCUGCCAAGAAGAAUGUGGAGUCAAUUCUGGAGGACUAUAAACUUUAUGAACUGUCUAAUGCCAACUCAGAAGAUAAGAUCUAUGCUGUUCCCGAAGUUGUAGCAGGGAUUAGAGCGUACUUCAAUAUGAUGCUAAGCUCUCAUUUGUUGUAUAAAUUUGAGAAACCACAGCAUGCUACAAUCCUAGCAAAUGACCCUGGCAUCCCGAUGUCUUAUGUCUACGGAGCACCACAUCUGCUGCGACUAUUUGUAAAAAUUGGAGGCAUGUUAUCCCAUAUAUUCUUUGAUACUCAUAGUACUACUUUAUUGUUAAAGCAUUUGCAUGAUUUUGUAAAAUAUUUAGAAAGAAAUUCUGCAGCUUUGUUUAGUUCCAGUGAUUAUGAGCUUGCUUCUCCUGAGUAUAUUCAGAAAGCUGCAGAGGAACCUGACGAUGUUUGCCAUAGUUGA